AUGGCUCCGAGGGACACCUUCUUCCGCUCGUCGGAUAUGAGCUUGACGCAGCUCUAUAUCGCCAACGAGAUCGGACGAGAGGUUGUCAGUGCCCUAGGAGAACUUGGACAGGUUCAGUUUAGAGAUCUGAAUCCCGACACCAAUGCCUUUCAGCGGACGUUUACCAAGGAGAUUCGGCGGUUGGAUAAUGUGGAGAGACAGUUGCGUUACUUCCAUGCGCAGAUGGAUAAGGCAGGGAUCCCGAUGAGAUCCUCCUCCGAGUUCUCCGACACGCUGGCCGCCCCUCUGGCAUCAGAAAUUGAUGAACUCGCCGAGCGAAGUGAGAGUCUCGAGCAAAGAAUCGCCUCUUUGAACGAUAGCUACGAGACCCUGAAGAAGCGCGAGGUGGAGCUUACUGAGUGGCGCUGGGUUCUUAGAGAAGCCGGCGGCUUCUUCGACCGUGCCCACACCCACACGGACGAAAUUCGCCAGUCGUUCGAAAAUGACGAAGCCCCCCUCCUGCGUGACGUUGAACACCAGCCUCAUCGCGGGGGGCCGAACGGCGACACCCAGGCCCAGCAGUCGUUCCUGGAGAUGAACAUUGGCUUUGUUGCGGGUGUGAUCCCUCGCGACCGCAUCGGGGCCUUUGAGCGGAUCCUUUGGCGAACCCUGCGCGGUAACCUGUACAUGAACCAGUCGGAGAUUCCCGAGCCGAUCAUCGAUCCGGCUACCAACGAGGAGUCGCACAAGAACGUUUUCGUGAUCUUUGCUCACGGCAAGCACAUCAUUGCGAAGAUCAGGAAGAUUUCUGAAUCACUCGGUGCUUCAUUGUAUGGUGUCGACGAGAACAGCGAACUGAGACGGGACCAGGUCCACGAGGUCAACACGCGGCUGAGUGAUGUGGGCAAUGUACUGCGCAAUACCAAGAACACGCUGGAUGCGGAACUUACGCAGAUUGCUCGCUCGCUCGCGGCUUGGAUGAUUAUCGUUAGGAAGGAGAAGGCUGUGUACGACACACUCAACAAGUGCUCCUAUGAUCAGGCGAGGAAGACACUCAUUGCGGAGGCCUGGUGUCCGACCAACUCCUUGCCGUUGAUCAAGUCGACCUUGCAAGAUGUCAAUGAUCGUGCUGGACUGAGCGUUCCUACCAUUGUCAACCAAAUCCGCACCAACAAGACCCCGCCUACCUACGUUAGGACAAACAAGUUCACAGAGGCUUUUCAGACGAUUGUCAAUGCUUAUGGUAUCCCGAAGUAUUCGGAAGCCAAUCCUGGAUUGUAUACCAUCGUCACAUUUCCGUUCCUAUUCGCGGUCAUGUUUGGUGACUUUGGCCACGGUUUUUUGAUGGCCAUGGCCGCGGCCGCUAUGAUCUUCUGGGAAAGAAAGCUGCACAAGACUAAGCUGGACGAACUGACCUACAUGGCUUUCUAUGGUCGCUACAUUAUGUUGAUGAUGGGUCUCUUCUCCAUGUACACUGGCUUGAUCUACAACGAUGUCUUCUCCAAGUCGUUCACCGUCUUCAACAGUCAGUGGCAGUGGCCCGAUCAUAUCAAGCCGAGACAGACGGUCGAGGCGUCGCUGAAGGACGGCUACCGCUUCCCUUUUGGCCUGGAUUGGAACUGGCAUGAAGCCGAAAACUCGCUUCUUUUCACGAACAGCUUGAAGAUGAAGAUGAGUAUCAUUCUGGGUUGGUCGCACAUGACCUAUGCUCUCUGCCUGCAGUAUGUCAAUGCUCGGCAUUUCAAGUCAAAGGUUGACAUUAUUGGCAACUUCAUCCCGGGCAUGAUCUUCUUCCAGUCGAUCUUUGGAUACCUCGUCCUCACCAUUGUGUACAAAUGGUCUGUGAAUUGGGAAGCCAUCGGCCGAUCCCCUCCCGGUCUUUUGAACAUGCUCAUCUUCAUGUUCCUAUCUCCUGGAACUGUGGAAGAGGAACUGUACAAGGGCCAAGCUGGGGUGCAAGUUGUGCUGCUCCUGCUUGCUGUCAUUCAAGUCCCCAUCAUGCUUUUCUUCAAGCCCUUCUACCUCCGUCGGGAACACAACCGUGCUCGUGCUCUGGGAUACAGAGGCCUUGGAGAGCAGUCCCGCGUGAGCGCAUUGGAUGAGGACCACGACGUGGACGGCGGGCUUCUUGGAGUCCGUGAUAGCAUGGCAAGCGAUGGCGAGGGCGUUGCGAUGAUCGCGCAAGAUCUUGGCGACGAAGAGCAUGAGGAAUUCGACUUCUCUGAGAUCAUGAUCCACCAGGUCAUCCAUACCAUCGAAUUCUGCCUCAAUUGUAUCUCGCAUACCGCAUCUUACCUCCGUCUGUGGGCUCUCUCUCUCGCUCACCAGCAACUCUCUAUUGUCCUGUGGGACAUGACCCUCGGCGGCGCCUUUGAUCAGGAAUCGCACAUCCUUCGCGUCAUCAUGAUCGUCGUGACGUUCUACAUGUGGUUCACGCUGACCAUCGCCAUCCUGUGUGUCAUGGAGGGCACCAGUGCCAUGCUCCACUCGCUCCGUCUCCACUGGGUGGAGGCAAUGAGCAAGCACUUCAUGGGCGACGGCAUACCGUUUGCUCCGUUCAGCUUUAAAACGCUCCUUGAAGAGGAUCCAGUGGACUAA